AUGCAGAGCAUCAUUGGAUAUAGUGAUGACGACCGAAGUGAUGACGAGGUUAAACGGUCUUCGCCUACCAAGCCUCGGUCUAAAGACUCACUACUCCGAAAAUCCGUAUCGACUCCCAUAUUGAAGGCAUCUUCUAGUACUGAACAAAUACAUGUGGCAAAUGAACCCAGGGAUCUUGAAGGCACUGACUCUUCUACGGGAUCAAAACAAGCAGUACGAGGCGGCAAAAAACCCCGAAUCGACCCUACCAUAAUUCGACGCACGAUAGCUCAAGCUGUCAAGCCUCCCCAGGAACAACGAGAAGCACAACCCAAUGAGCCUCCGAGACUUCAGGACCUUUCGUUGGAACCCACCAAUGAUCCCAAACAAGCAGGCGCGGAUGAUUUGACACAAAUACGUGCCCUGCUACGACCUCCUCCCAUCGCAGGAGUAGAAAACUAUGGUAUUCCACCUCCAUCCGAAGACCCGGUGGACGCCGAGCUUGCUGCCAAAAUAUCCAAGUUCCUCGCCCUCAAAAAACAAGGAACACAUUUCAACGACAUUCUCAUGAAAAACAAGUCCUUCAACAACCCACAUAUAUACGCCAAACUCGUGGAUUUUGUCGAAGUCGACGAGACCGGAACGAACUUUCCGAAAAACGUAUGGAAUCCGCAUGAUAUUCGGCCAGAAUGGUAUGCGGAAGAAUUAGGCAAGUGGGCUACAGCGCAGAAGAAACGCAGUGCCGAGGCGGUCGCAGCUCAAGCACCUGGAAAACGGUCUCGCAUCGCCUUUGAUUCGGCUAGCUCGAGUUCUACAUCGAGUGUUCAUCCUUCUGUCUUGCAGAAAGGUAACAGACACUCGGAUGAAAAAAGAGGGAGACAUUCGGAUGAAUCUCGCAGCAGACGAUCGGACGGUGGAAGCAAGCGCAAGGAUGACGAUCGACAUGGGGGGCAGCGCUAUCAUCCGUAUCAGUACAAACCUGAUGCUAACAUGGGUUGGGUCCCUCGAAAUCACUCCGCUGGCGACCGGCCUCGGAGAUGGUAA